GGUUGUGGAGAAGUUUCAGAUCGUCAACCAUGUUUUCCGCGAGCGGCGGCGCUCAUCAUAGCCCACUUCUACCCGCAGAAGAAGCCCUGGCGAUUGCCACUUCCUCUGAGAAUCAAGAACCCGGUGGCCACCCCCCACCCUUCCCUCGCUUCCCUGUACUGCCGCACCGCAUCGAUGGUGCGUCAUCCUCUUUCUAUCCCUACUUUUCGCAGCAACAUGUUGCGCCGCCUCCGGAUUCUCGCGGCGAUGUGGAUGCGGUCGAGGUCGUCGAUCCCGCGAAGAACAAGAGAUCGGCAUUGCCUCGGAAGAGGAACGCCGGCAAGACGGACCGGCACAGCAAGAUCCGGACGUUGCAAGGUCUGCGAGACCGGAGGAUAAGGUUGUCGGUGCAGGCGUCGAGGAAGUUCUUUGACCUGCAGGACAUGCUGGGGUUUGAUAAGGCCAGCAAGACCAUCGAGUGGCUCCUCUCCAAGUCCAGGAGCUCCAUCAAGGAGCUGGUAGGCCGGAGCAUCACCAAGCCGAGGGACUCUGGCGGCGGCGACGUAAAGGUGGCUCAAGCAGAAGCUGAAGCAGAACACGAACGAGAACAAGAUGAUAGCAACAGGAAAGAGAAGAUGAAAUCUGGCGAUGCUAGGGAAAGGGAAAAGGCGAGGGAGAGAGCAAGAGAGAGGACCGGAGAGAUAAACCCUAACGCUACGGAGGUCUCCGGUGCUGAUGGUUUCUGUGGCCGCCAGCAAGCGAUCAACAACCACGACUCGGCGCAAGAAUAUGGGCGAUUCGCGUCAGAGAUGGACGACAUCAUCGACAAGUUCUGGUCUGAUGCGACAGCAGGGACAAGCAGUGCCGAGAUGGGAAACUACUAUCCUGGACCAAGCGGUCUGUGUCCUGCGAUGAGAAGCACAGAUCUCCUGGCAGGUAUCAUUCAAGAGUUUGACAGUAGCUCCUUUAUUUGGCCAAGAACAGAACCCUAGAUUUCCUCAGCUACAUCGUCACAGCACACUACUUCAUGAGUUCUACGAAAAUUGCUGAAAAUGCGAAAGAAGAUCGAAAGGCCAAACUGGAGUACUGAUCCUGAUCUUCAUCGCUGUGAUCAGACAAUUCUUCAUGUGUCGUCGUCUCGAACCCCACCAGGUGAUGUGUUAGAGGUUGGUUGUCUUGUGCAAUUUCCCUUUUCGGGAGUGCAUGAUGCACUAGGGAGAGCCAAAAACCUCUUAUUCUUUUUUCCGGAGAGAGUGUAUUGUGCCUUCAAUUAAGAAACUUUGAAGUGCUGUGGUUUGUUCAUCAUAUUUCUGCAAAUCCCUUUGGUUAUCCUCGCCUAUAGUUUCGUAGUCCCUAGGCAAAAUUGGAUAUCAUACCGGGAAUGGUUUCUUAUGUUGAAGCA